ACAAACAAAGCUCACAAUUUGGUUCUUCGCAGACUCAAAAGCAGGAAGAAGAACAUCUACAAACAAACAAACUAUUUUUUAAUAAUCAAUCGAAACACCAUGAAACUCUCUACUUCUGUCAUCUCCUUCUUGGGCUUCAUCGCAGUUGCCCCUUCCGUCGUUGAAGCUAUAUGCUUCACUGGCACCGCCAACGAGGUGGCUGCAAGCUGUAAACAAGCUUACCCCAAUAAUCCCAACUUACAAUGCUGUAUUAGUUUUGAUGGUAAAAAUGCUUGCUCUUGGCCGGAUGAUAUGAAGGUGACGGUAUGCACAGGAGCCUGUAAGGGAGAAGAGGCAUGCGGGCAGAUUGCUCAACCUACGACGUUUGAACCUGGGAGCUGCCGAGGAGCCAAAGCCUGCUAUGGCUUGACUGCUAAAUUCAACGAAGCUAAAAAGGCAUGCAACGAACCCAUCAGUGUUGAAAACUACAGUUGUGAAGGGACAAGAGCCUGCUACGGCGCCGUGUUGGUCCCAGGUCCUGGCCAUGAAAUUGGUUAUGGAAGUUGCACUGGUACAAGAGCUUGCGAGAAAUUCGUUGGUCGAGUUGGUGCCCACAGCUGCGUACAAGAUGGUGCAUGCGACGGUGCGAGUGUCGAAAUGGUGUAUUCUGUUGAAGAUUGCGUUCCCCGGUUGGCCGGUGCCUCGUACCGACCUGGAGAAGGCCCUAAAAAACCAAAGCGCUCUGAAAGACCAGGCAAAUCGGACCGUGGCGGCGGAGGCAAACCCCGUGGCCCAAAACGACGUGGAGGCGGCCGCGCUCUUCAAGUUGUUCGCUAUGCUGGUGCAAACCGUCCUAGUGCUAGUGACCGUGCCCAAGCUCUUGCUGCCAAGGCCGCCAAGGCCGCCGCCAAGGCCGCCGCCAAGACCGCUGUUAAGGCUCCGGCUGUUAGGGCUCCGGCUAAAGGCACUCGUGGUGGAGUCAGAGCCGCCUCGGGCGAGCGAUGUGUACCUGAAGGGUGGAGGUUCAAAAUUGUUGAGUCCUUGGCAGAUGGGUUCAACUUGAAAACUGGAAAAUGCAACUACCUGAGUCCUAAAGAGUGACCUUCCAAGAAGUCCAUGUGAAACAAAAUUAAGUGAAUAAGAGCUUCAGCCUUAAAAAAUGAUCGUACGAAUAUAGACAUUCUGGUAAUCGUCUGUGAAGACA